AAAAAGAAAAAUAAUAAUCCUCCACACUCCCACAUUCAGUGCUCACUCAGCAUAAUAAAGAAACAAAUCCACAAAGGAAGCAAAAAACGGCCGAAUGGCAGAGCCUCAGGGACAAGCGUCCGUGGCUGCCGUAGUCAGCUUCCAUACAAUUUCAGUUGCUUCCAUUCAAAGCUUCCGCCAUGCAAGGGGAGCUUCAGUUGCGGCACUCGAUGUUUCCCUUCUCUAUUCUGAAUCCAAAACCCCAUUUCCCCUCUUUCUCCAUAAACGAGCAGUGGGAGUAAUUUUUUAGGGCAAUGGAGUCAAAACCAGAGCUCAAAGCCAACGACGAAGAACUUCAGGUGGCAGAUCUACAUCUGUUGGAGAAUGGCCAAGAAAGGUCUCAGAGUUCAAGCUCAGAAGAUGCUGCCUUGGCUGAUCAAAAUGACAAAACAACAGCAAAAGGAAGAAAAGUUGGUGGGUGGAAUUGUGGGAUGCUCCUGCUAGUGAAUCAAGGAUUGAUCACACUGGCAUUUGCUGGAGUUGAAGUGAACUUGGUUCUGUUUUCAAAGUCAGUGCUGAGGCAAACCAAUGCUGAAGCAGCAAAUACAUUCAGCAGAUGGAUGGGAACCACUUAUUGCUUCUCUUUGUUGGGUGCAUUUCUCAGUGACUCGUACUUGGGAAGAUAUCUCACUUGUGUAAUAUUUCAACUUGUCUUCAUUGUUGGUCUGAUAGCACUUUCCUUAUUAACUCACAUAUCUCUGCUCAAACCGAAUGGUUGUGGCAAAAUAGGCCAAUUAUGCGACCCUCAUGGCUUAACUGAACUCUCAAUAUUUUACAUAUCGAUCUAUCUAAUUGCCUUGGGGAAUGGAGCCCCCGAGCCUGCAUUGGCUACAUUUGGUGCAGAGCAGUUCGACGACAAAGAUCCCAAGGAAAACCGAGCCAAGACCUCAUUUUACAGCUACUUCUAUGUGUCAAUAAACAUGGGGUGUUUGAUUGCAGAGACAGUUUUGGUUUAUAUAGAGAAUUUGGGGCACUGGAUGGUGGGGUUUUGGAUAUGUGCUGUGUGUGGAUUGCUUGCCUAUCUGUUGUUAUUGAGUGGAACUUCAAGAUAUAGACAGUCCAAACCUUGUGGGAAUCCUAUAUCAAGAUUCUCUCAAGUUGUAAUGGCUUCCAUGAAGAAGAUGAAUCUUCAAAUGCCUUCAAAUGGAGAAGGUCUUUAUGAAGAACUUGGGAAAGAGGGUACAAGGAGAAUGGUACACACUGAAGGCUUCAAAUUUUUAGACAGAGCAGCCAUUCUUACAGCAGAGGAGAUUAACUUGAUAUGCAACCAAAGCCAAACUCCAAAUCCAUGGCAAAUUUGCCCUGUCACUCAGGUUGAGGAAGUCAAAUGCAUUUUGAGGCUUCUUCCAGUCUGGUUAUGCACUAUUUUCUCCUCUGUUGUGUUCAUUCAAAUGCUCUCUCUUUUUGUUGAACAAGGAGCUGCCAUGGACACCAUCGUCGUGUCAAACUUCCACAUACCUCCAGCAAGCAUGACCGCCUUCGACAUUGUAAGCACAACCAUGUUCAUCAUGCUUUAUGACAGACUUAUUGUUCCUCUAUACAUAAGAAUUGCCAAACGAAAGCCAAAACCCCCAAACGAGCUACAAAGGAUUGGGAUCGGCCUAGCCAUUGCAAUAGUAGCACUUGUUAUUGCAGGCUUCGUCGAGCAAAAACGGUUGAAACAUGCAAGUGUUAGUGGCAAAGAAACUAGUUCUUUGAGUAUUUUCUGGCAAACGCCGCAGUAUGUACUUGUGGGGGUCUCUGAAGCAUUCGUCUACGUAGCUCAGAUGGAUUUUUUCACAUCACAAAUACCAGAAGGAUUGAAAAGCUUGGGGAUGGGACUUUCCAUGUCUUCAUCAGCAAUGGGGAGUUACCUUGCAAGCCUUAUUUUAACUACUGUAAUGGCUAUCACAAAGACUAAUGGUAAGCUAGGCUGGGUUCCCCCGAACCUGAACGACGGUCAUUUGGACAGAUUCUUCUUUCUAUCAGCCGCACUUACUGCUCUUAACUUGGCCUUCUAUGUAGUUUGUGCCAAGCGGUAUAAAGGUUCGGUAAUAGAGAAGCGUGACGGGGACCAAGAAGAGGAGCUUAAUAUAGAGUUCAAGUGAGAAUCCUUUUCAGAUAGGAAAAUUUCAGGGAACAAAUAUUGUUGAGAUAUAGCAUGUAUAUUACCAAAGACUUCUUUGAUAAUAGAGAGUGUAGGCAAACGGGUUUGACAAUAAAUAUAUUUCUUCCAUUACUUUGUAGUAUAAUAUGAAGAU